AAGUAUUUUUCCAUCCCUUCACUUCAUUUCACAACCUCUUCUCUAAUCUAAUGGCGUUUAUCUCAUCCUCUACAUCUUCGCCAAUCCAUUAUACGUAUGAUGUUUUUCUCAGUUUCAGAGGUGAAGAUACUCGUAAUUCUUUUACAAAUCAUCUUUAUGAAGCGUUACACCAAGCAGGAUUUAAUACUUUCAGGGAUGACGUUGAAAUCCAGUAUGGUCCAGAUCUGAAGUUAGAAUUUGAGAGAUCAAUAAGAAAAUCUAGAGCUUCAAUAAUUGUAUUUUCAAAGAACUUUGCGAAUUCAAGUUGGUUCCUUGAUGAGCUUUGUUUGAUCCUCAAGCUAAGGAGGGAGGACAGUCAUUUCGUUUUACCCGUGUUUUAUAGUGUUGAUCCUUCUGAUAUCAAGAACCAGCGAGGUAGUUUUGCGAUCAAAGCAAUAAAGGGAGCCGAAGGUUCAAGAUGGGCAGAGGAUAAUAUGAAUCGGUGGAAGGCAGCCCUUAUAGAGGUUGCUAAUAUGGCUGGGGCUGUCUAUUCAGGGGCUGUUUAUUCAGGGUAUGAUGCCACCUUUGUUGCACAUAUUGUUCACAUAAUCCAUGGUGCACUGGAUUCAAAAUCGUCUUCUUUUGAUUCAGAGUUUGAGCGUCUUAAAAUCAAUCUGGAAGAAAUAAAAAAAGCCACCGGUAAUUUUGGUAGCAAAGUUAUAGGAAUUGGUGGAUUUGGGAGGGUGUACGAAGGAGAAGUCAUUCAUUCUAAGGGGCAAAGCAUGGUUGCUAUUAAGCGCUUGAAUCGUAAAUUUGGGCAAGGAGACCCUGAGUUUUGGAAAGAAAUCAUGAUGCUUUCUCGUUACACACAUAAGAAUCUCAUUUCUCUCCUUGGAUUUUGUGCCGAGGGUGGUGAAAGGCUCCUUGUAUACGAGCAUGCAUCUAAUGGAAGCCUCGAUCAUCAUUUAAGUUCCACGACUCUCUCAUGGACGCAACGGUUAAAGAUAUGCCUUGAUGCUGUAAGGGGGCUAGCUUACCUUCACGAUCACAAGGGAACCCAACAAAGAGUUCUCCACAGAGAUAUAAAAAGUGCAAACAUUCUACUAGAUGACAACUGGAAUGCUAAAGUUUCUGACAUGGGACUUUCAAAAAUAGGACCUGCUAAUCAGCGUCACACGAAUCUUGUCACCAAUGUUGUGGGUACCCCUGGUUACUGUGAUCCAAGCUAUAUGGAGACGUACAACCUAACCAAAGAAUCAGACAUAUACUCUUUUGGGGUCGUCUUAUUUGAAGUCCUCUGUGGGAAAUUGUGCUUUAGAUAUACCAACGACCAGUUAGAGAUUUUAGUGCCCAUGUGGAAACAAAGCUACAUAGAUAAGAAAUUAGACCAGAUUAUCUUUAAAGAUCUCAAGCCACCGAUGGACCCAAGUUCGUUGGAAACAUUUUCAGAAAUUGCAUUCCGGUGUUUGCACUACUCUCGUGAACAGCGGCCAAAAAUGUCUAUUCUUGUGGAAAGGCUUGAGAUUGCACUUGAGUUGCAGGAGCAUCAUGAUAUGUAUCUGACUAAUGUUGUGGGAACUUCUCAAGGAUACAAACAUGCAGAUGAACCGAGCGUACUUGAUACGACCCACAUGACAGGCCCACCUGAUGAUACCGGCCCAAUCACAAACAGGCCCAAGAGGGAUAUUAAAAUGCCGGCCAAGUAUCUGGAGUGAAGACCAAGUUUCCAGCAAUGUGCUUAGUGGAGUUAGUUGUGGCUUUUCUUUUUAUUUGCAUGCAUGCAUCAUGGUAGGAUAGUGGUAGAAGCACGUUUCCUUAUUUCUUGUAACUGAAUAAAGUGCAUGUAGAGAUAGGUUGCAUUUAAAUAGUUUUUGUUU